AUGUGUAAGAAAAUGACAGCUCGUUGGGAGCAACGUGAUCACUGGCUGCCACCUGAUAAAAAGGAGGGAUGGGGCUUUGGUCUAAAACAAGAAUUCUGGGAUGGCAAGCGUUUUUCUGAGCUCUCCUACUUCUGGAAUCCAGAUCAAGAGUGGGUUCUUCCUGUCAGAUGUCCACAAAUGGGUUGCAAAAGCAUUAUAUCUGCUCAUGAAAUCUUAGAGUCACCUAGAGUUGCUGGUAGUCCUGAUGAGUGUGUAAUUGAGUGCCGUGGAUGCUACCACACUUUCAACUAUACAAUACGAAAAACCUGUGGCGAUCCAAGGAAUAUUGCCUAUGAU